CGCCGCCCGCGGGCCCCCGUUGCUCCCCACCGAGAUGCCGGCGGCGGGCGGCGGAGGCUCCGCGCCCCGGCACCGGGGGCCUGGGAUCCCCCCGGUUCCCCCCCCGGUACCCCUCGACCCGUUCCGGCGCUUUGUGUUGUUCUUGGAAAGUUUCGCACCACUUGUGAAUUCCUUGAACCUUGGCAUUGCGAGCCCACUUCUGUUGGGCCCUCCUCCUUUACAGCUUGCCCAAAUUAAGACGCAGUUGGCUCUCCAGCAGUUGACCUCAGUUGCUGCCAGCAGCUCCGCACCUCCUUAUGCUCGGUUCAAUCAGGCAUUGCUGAAAAGCGCCAUGUUUAGCCCUCGAGGAGCGCUGCCCCAGAGGCCGAGAGGACCCAAUCCGUCUGGCGCAAAGCCUCCGGGAUCCUUUAGGGGAGGAGGCGCGGCGGGUCUGCAGAGAAAACCUGCGCCGGGGACGCCUCAGGGAGCGGCGCAGAGAUUUUCGGGACAGGAGAGCUUCCAGUGGACGGGCUCGCAGAGGAUAAACGUUCGGGUGACUCUGCACAGGGCUGAUCCAAGGCAGGUAAAGGUGAAGACGAACCUCCACCAGGAGCAAAAGGGAGAGGCGCGCACCAGCCGCUGGGAUAGUAACCCCUGCUCGGCCGGGGCCGCCGCGCAGAAGCGCCCCCCCCCAGCCCGGAUCCCGGAGCAGAGUACGAACGCCCAGAACCGCUACACGCCCGAGAGCGCGUCCAGCAUUCUGGCGAGCUUUGGGCUCUCCAACGAAGACUUGGAGGAGCUCAGUCGCUACCCAGACGACCAGCUGACGCCCGAAAACAUGCCCCUCAUCCUGAGAGAAAUACGGAUUCGUAAGAUGGGUCAUUCUCUGUCGGGUCUGCAUCCUCCGAGCCGAGGAGAAGAAACGAUGGGCGGAACGAGCGGCGCGGCGGUCAAGAGUAAAGUGAUCGAUUACGGGCACGCGAGCAAAUACGGUUACACCGAAGAUCCCCUCGAAGUGCGUGCUUAUAAUACCGAAGUACUGAACGAAGACCCCCUCGAGUCGCGCGUCUAUAACCCCGAAGCACCGGCUGGAGAGAACAGGGAAGACUUCCAGCGAGAGCAGAACGUGGCGAUGGGCGUCCCGCCGCCCAGCGUGACGUGUAACCCGGUGUUCCCGGUUCAGGAUUUAAUGAAGCCGGCGGGUUUCCAGAACGACUCCUCGAACUCGCGAUCGUUUUUUCCAGCCGAGACCACGGGCAAGGUGUCCGGAAUGUGCGCAGCGCCCGCUGGGCUCCCGGUGGUGAAGCCGGUGUCGCAGCCCGCGGUGCCGCCCGUCAUGCCGCCCAUGAUGCCGCCCAUGAUGCCGCCCCUGGCGCAGCCCAUGAUGCCGCCCGUCAUGCCGCCCCUGGUCCAGCCGCCCGUGACCCAGCACGUCAUGCCGCCUAUGGCCCAGCCGCCCUUUUCGGCCGAGCUUCUUGCAGCCGUAAGCCAGCACGAAAGAAUUCAGCACGAGUCUGGGACAAGCCAGCCUGCCGCGCAGAGCGGCUCGGUGGCGGGCCAGAAGCCCUUCCAGCCGCAGGCAGAAGGCCCCAUUAAGUCUCCUUUCGGCAUCGUGAAGGCGUCGUGGCUCCCGGUGUUCCUGCAGUCCGAUGCCCAGAAGAUAAAAAGACUGCCCACGCCGUCAAUGAUGAAUGACUACUAUGCCACGUCUCCGAGAAUCUUUCCCCAUAUGUGUUCUCUCUGUAACAUAGAAUGCACUCAUAUGAAGGACUGGAUUCUGCACCAGAACACCCCUUCCCACAUCGAGAGCUGCCGCCAGUUACGUCAACAGUACCCCGACUGGAACCCCGAGUCUCGCUCUUCAAAGAGAAAUGCUGGUGACAGAAAAGAAAACCAGACCCCGAAGCGCCGCUCCAACUCUGCCAGUCCCAGUCCCAGAAGAUCGAGGGUCUCAGGCUCCAGCUAUGUUCUUCGGCGGUCGCGGUCGCGAUCCAGGAGCCCCGGCCGCUUCAGGCCAACAAGACCAAGAAGCCGAAGCCCGCGGCAGAUGCGACGGCUCAGCCCUAGACACAGGUCAAGGUCACCACAGCGCUCAAGAAAUCUGCUGAGAACAAGCCCGCGACCUCCGAGGUCUUCCAGUAAUGACUGGUCCAGGAGAGCAACGCGAUCUCAAGGGAAGAUGCCUGGAAAUAUGAAGAAGCCACUGAAAACAAGUGUUUCACCGAAGGCUGCGAAGAAGGACGUGCUUUCUCAGCCCGGGUCAAGUUCUUCUUCUCCUGAAAGUGACGAUUCGCCCCAAGACAAAGAAGUGGAAGAGGACGAGGAAGACUCAGCUGCAGGAACCAGCGGCCCUCGUCCUUCUCCUUACAAUAGGCUGUUGAGAGAGGAAUUGCUGAAUUGCGGGACAGUCCUUCAAAUAUCUGAUUUACCCGAUGAUGGCUUUUCUGAUCAGGAUAUUAAAAAAAUUGUUCAGCCGUUUGGCAAAGUUAGUGAUCUCAUUGUACUUCGCUCCAGGAACGAGGCCUAUUUGGAAAUGAACUACAAAGAAGCAGUGAUAGCAGCUGUGAAAUACGGUGAAACUGUGCCAGUGCUGGUGAAUGGGAAACGGGUGAAAAUAAGUGUAGCAGAAAAGCCAAAAGUGUCUCCUGGCCAGGCUAAAAUGAACAUCAAAAAAAAGACUCGGAUUGUUAAAAAAGUGGCACCGAGUACAAAAAAACAUCAGAACACCACCACUAAGACGACAAAAUCCGUUCCAGGUAAAAAAGAAAAAACUAAGAAAUCAGCGGUGACUAGAGACAGUAAGAUCAAGAAAACCUCAACUACUGCAGCAAAUUCAGUAGAAAAUGAGUCUGAAGAGCUUCAGAUCUCAACAGAAGCGGAAAUGGAUGCUGGGGAAGUUGAGCUGUCCGACCCAAAGAACGUUACGGAAGCAGACAAAGUUACAGAGCCUGUGAAGGUGGCAGAGACUCCGUCCAAAGGAAUCGAUAACCCUGCAUCUUUACUAGAGAAACUUGCAGAGAUGCCUCAGGUGGCAGCGGUGGACUUGGAUGAAAUUAAGGAGGCUUUAAUUGAUCAAGAAGCUACGGUAGCGACUGUGAAGAGUGAAGAAUCAACGGAGCCAAUUAGCAAGGAACCUGAUGAUGUGUGUGUGGUUCUUAUUUCAAACUUGCCCGAGAAAGGAUAUUCCGUCGAAGAAGUUUCCAACCUAGCAAAGCCAUUUGGAGGACUGAGGGAUGUGUUAAUUCUGUCAUCUCAUAAAAAGGCAUAUAUUGAAAUAAACAGAAAAUCUGCAGAUUCCAUGGUUAAAUUUUACACCUGCUUUCCAAUGUCACUGGAUGGGAAUCAGCUCUGCAUCAAUAUGGUGCCUCAGUAUAAGACUGUAAAAGAUGAAGAAUCAAUAUUUACCGCUAUCAUCAAAGAAUCUGACCCUAAGGUAAAUACCGAAACAGUACAUCAUCAGUUCGUGCAUCUUGGAAACUUACCCGAUGAUGGCUACAGAGAAUUUGAAGUAGUUUGUGUGGGACUUCGAUUCGGAAAAGUUGAUCAUUAUGUUGUGCUGAAGAAUAAAAACAAGGCAAUUCUACAGCUGGAGAGUCCCAAGGCAGCUAGAUCAAUGUACUGCUUCCUGAAACAAUAUCCCUACAAGAUGGGUGAGCAUACGUUGAGCUGUAUGUUGUCACCUAAUGGAGAGUAUGCUGAAGCUGAAGCUAUAAAAAAAGACGUGAGGAAAGAGGAACCAAGCAAAGGAAGCUCUGGCUUGAAAAAAUAUCCAGAGGGAUCAGGAGUGGUGCAAACAGCAGCUGCUAAUCCUCCAGUAGAGCCUAGUGUGGCAAAGAAAGAACCCAUUUCCAUCUCUAAUGUCAAAGACGAGAUGUCAGCAGUACAGAUAGAGCCCUCUGAGUCCCACCUUGAACGAGCGAUAAGGGAGUCUGCUCCAAGGCUGGCAGAAGCGCCCGUGGAGAAGGAGGAAGUUGGACUUGGUGUCGCAUCCAUCGACCCGGCUGGCACUGAACUGCUUGGAGCAAAGGCGGGAGAGCUGCCGCCUCCUUCCAGCCUGGAGAAGGAAGAGGCAGUUACAGAUAAUGCUAAACUGGAGUUGGGCAAGCCUGCUGUUCUGCCUGCAGCGGAGCAGGAAACAAAAGCGAGAGCUGAAGAGUUGUCUGCUCCUGCCGCUGAGCCGCCAGAAGAAUCGUCCGACGUGGGGAAGGUGGAAGAUGUGCCAUCCGGCUCUGCUCUCAAGCUGCCAGGAGGGAGAAAGGCAGGGGCUGUCCCUGAAGCCGUGCCCCCUGAUGUGGGGACAGCGUCAGCGGAGAUGGUCUCGUCUGUCGUCACACAAACGAACACAAAGUCGGAUGCUCUUGAAAAAAAUCGUCCUUCUGAUGCUGUGAAUACCGAGUGUGACAAGCCUGCGACUCAGAUAGCGGAGAAGAAAGCCGCGCUUCAAACCGGGCUGGCCGUGGAGAGGAAAGUGGAUGUAGCCACCGAGAGGAAGCCAGAGGAGUCUGUGCUCAAAGCUGGAACAGCCGCGGAGGAGAGCCCUGAAAAGCUCUGGGGCAAGACUGGGGCAGAGCCAGAGAAGAAACUUGAAAAAUCUGUGACCAAGGUUGGGGCGCCUGUGGAAAAGGCUGAAAAAAAUGUGAGUGAAAAGAAUGAGGGGAGUUUCAGCAAAGCACCUCAAAAUAAGGGAACAGGACCAGCAAAAGUUGAUGAAACCUGCAAAGCGCUUCCAGCGAACUCCUCUUUAUCUGCCAAAGAAUCUUCCUCUGUUGGUAAAACGAUUCUAAAAGCGGUGGUGUCUCUUCCUGACGUAUCCAAGCCAAGGGUUCCAGCGUGGAGAAACGAGCCUUCCCCGUGUAAAGGAGAGGAGCAGAAAGCUGCCUCGAAACCCGAGCCCCGAGGACAAGUGGUAGCGGAGAAGAAAAUUGCACUGAGAGAAGCGGGUCCUCCGAGAGCUGGAAGCAGCCGAGCGAGCCUGGGAGACGGCAGCGGCAAGCCGAAAGUGAGCAGAAGUUCUGUGGUUGAUGGCAAGGGAGGCACUGGGAGGAAUUCAUCUCCGCAAGAGAAGGACUCGCGAGUGGAAUCUAGGGCUAGUUCAAAACAGUCUCAAGAGGGAGAGAGUAGAGCAUCCAGCACGAAGAAAGACAACAGCAGCAAUAAGGCUUCUGCUGGCAGCGGUACUGCUAGACCUUCAAAAAGUGGCAGUAGCAGCAGUGCGAAACAAAAGGAGGAAGAAGAGCUGUUUCCGUUCAACCUGGAUGAAUUUGUUACUGUGGAUGAGGUAGUGGAGGAGAGCGAGUCUCCCGUUAAAACACGGCGAAAUCCACCGAGGGGGAAGAGGAAAGACGGUGCUAAAAAUAACUCUUCCUCUGAACCGAGUUCCAAGAGGAGAAAAGGGAAAAGCUCCGGAGCACGCAUCGCCGAAAGCGAGCUGUCUUUUGUCACUUUGGAUGAAAUCGGCGAGGAGGAGGACGUGACCACACAGCUGGUGGGAGAUGCUAACCUGGAAGCACUCAGCGACCCGCAGGGCCUGGUGGUGGUGGAUGAAGUGAUUGAGGAGGAAGAACUGAUGGCAGAAGCGGUGAAGGAUCCGCAGUCGCUCGUGACUUUGGAUGAGAUAUCUGAACAGGAGGACCUCGGCUCCCAUAAGGACGUCCCCGGGUCAGUUUUUGAGGAGCAGGAUUUGAAAACCGAACCCUUGGUAACUGUAGAUGAAAUCGGUGAAGUAGAGGAGCUGCCGCUGAAUGAGCCAACGGAUCUGAAUAUCGAGGAUGUGCUGAAGCAGAAGGAGGACGAUAAAGGGACUGCUGAGGAUUCUGGAGACUUUGUUACCUCUCAGGUGCCCGACGAUCCCAGCGCUUUAGUGACAGUGGAUGAAAUACAAGAAGACAAUGAAGACAACCCGCUGGUGACGUUGGAUGAAGUUAAUGAAGACGAAGAUGAUUUUCUGGCUGAUUUCAAUCGCCUAAAAGAGGAACUAAACUUUGUUACAGUAGAUGAAGUUGGAGAGGAGGAUGAGGAAGAAGAAAAUGCUUUCCUAGGGAAAAAUCUGAACGAAGAUGAAGACGACGAAGAUAUUGUUGCUGUUGCAGGACCAGAAGAAGAAAUUGCUGCCAUUGCAGGACCAGAAGAGGAGGAUAUUGUUGCUGUUGCAGGACCAGAAGAAAUGGAAAUUCUAGGAGAUGUAAGUCCUGGAGACGAAGAUAUUAUUGCAAUCUCAAAGUCAACAGUAGAUCAGCUGGCAUCAGGACGGAAAGAACCAGAGCCGAAGCAGAAGAAGGUGGCUUCGUUGGAUGCGCCAAAGGCGCAGAGUGCUCCAAAAGAUUUAGAUUACCUCGUUCCGAAGGCUGGCUUUUUCUGUCAGAUCUGCUCUUUGUUCUACGCGGAUGAAACCUCUGUGAAAAAUCACUGCAAGACACCGCUCCAUCAGCAAAACAUGGAGAAAUUCAUGGCCAAGCAGAAGGACGAGGGUAACGGUGGGGAGGUACGGAGUCCAAGGUGAUCAGAGGAAAGAAGAGUUGUUGCAGCAAAUUAAACUUAGGGUCCAGUCAAUUUUGUGUAUUUUGCUAUGAUUUAAUUUGUAAUUUUGUUUCAGAAGCAAGCGUUCAUGUUGUAUAAAUUUGAGCUCGGUAUAGACGGACUAAAAGAUGUACGGUGGCUUUGAUUUGAAUAUCAAAUCAUCUGACUCGCAAGAGAUUCCUUUUACAAGUGUUGACAUGAAAUAAAUGUUCUUAUUGUAUAGUUAACACCGGGG